AUGGAUGCAACAAAAAGCAGCGAUCCAGAUGCGAGUGAAGAUGAUGAUCAGGAAGAGGAGUGCAUAGAUGAAAUUGACGAAUUCUUUAUGGACAAGGGGAAUAAUGACAAAAUUCGCAACGAAAUAAAGGAAAGCUUUGAAAAUGAUGUGAAAUUAGUUAAAUCGGAUAUACCGGAUGUUGCCAUAUAUUUUUUUAAUGAAGAAGAAAGAGUAACAAAAAAUGAGGAUGAGAAUAUUAUUGAUGCAAUCAAUAAAUUGACUCCAGAAAUAAUAGAAAGUAAUCAAGAAAAAGGUGAUCAAAACUUGAAAGGACUUGAACUUCCCGUUUCGGAGUCUGACUUCGAUCAUGUUUCUAGUUAUGAUAUAAAAAAGUUCACACUGUUUGAACUGUGUUCUUGUAAAGAACAUAAUUUAUUUCCGCAAGUAGUAAUGGAAAAAAAUGGUAAUCAAACAAUCGCUAUUUAG